AUGCCCGCAGCCACUGCAUCAGGCUCCGACGCCAAACCAAAUGGCGCUGCCAAAUCCCGAGAUCACAAUCAGGGAAACCAAGAUCGCAAAUACACAAUCGAGCAGAAAACCGCCGUCCUUAGAGUACGUCGCUGUGCACCUACGGCAUUUUACGAUAUCUUGGGUAUAGAGGAUGUCAAAACUACGGUCACGGAAUCGGAGAUUAAGAAAGCGUAUAGGAAACAGUCGCUGUUGACGCAUCCAGAUAAGAACGGACAUGAGCAUGCGGAUGAAGCGUUCAAGAUGGUGAGUCGGGCGUUUGGAGUGCUGGGGGAUAAGGAGAAGAGGACCAAGUUUGAUCGGUAUGGGGGGGAUCCUGAUUCGAGGUUUGGUGGGGGCGCGCCGCAGCAGAGCCCGUUUAGUGGCUUUGCGGAUCGGACGUCGAGGGCGAGGGGAGAGGCGUCCGGUGGGAGUAUGUGGGAGGAGGAGAUAAGUCCGGAGGAGAUGUUUAAUAGGUUUUUCGGGGGAGGGGGGAUGGGUCCUUUUGGUGGUGGAGGCGGUGGAAUGUUCAAUGACGGGCCAGGUUUUGUGUUUAAUAUGGGAGGAGGCCCUGGUAUCAGGGUACAUCAGUUUGGGGGGAGAGCACCGAGACGGAGACCAAGGGAUCCGAAUGCGCCAGCAGCCCCACCACCUUCAUUGAAGGACAUACUCAAGGGACUUUUACCCUUACUUCUGGUUCUAUUCUUGCCGCUCAUAUCCUCGAUCUUCUCCGGCUCUGGAUCAAGUGGCCCCUCGAUGCGAUUCGACGAAGCCAAACCUCCACAUACCAUGGGCCGACAAACAUACCAAAAGAAGGUGCCUUACUGGAUAGAUCCUGGAGAAGUGGAUGGCUACACGGCUCGUCAAUUUUCCCACCUCGACCAGAAUGCGGAAAUACAAUAUGUUCAGCAGCUGAGGGUGUACUGUGAAGAAGAGGUGGCAUCAAGAAACCGAUUAGUGCAAGACGCUCAAGGCUGGUUCGUCCAAGACACACACAAAAUGAACAGGGCACGGAAUAUGGAGAUGGCGAAUUGCAGGAAGUUAGAAGAGCUGGGCGUGCAGACGCCACUAAGGAAUUCAUACUAG